CGGCCUCCUCUUCUUUACCCUCAUUACUAUUCACUCCCUCAUUCACCAUUAAUCCUUGCUCCCGUGCUGUCCAUUACCCCUCCGCAUACCCGAGAGCUUUGUCUAUUCCUGAUACCCGCCAUACCGACCUUCUAUAAUCGUUAGAAAACCCCAGCUACGACUGGGCUUUACCCAACGUCCUGGCCCUCUCUCAGCAAGGCUCGUAGAGCCACGCUCACGCCCUUUCACAGUCAAUAUGGUGCAAAGCCCAGAGAUUUUGACAAUCAGUGCUUUCGCUAGCGAUGGAUUGCUCAAGCACUGGUGGCAGAUAGUCCUCGUAGCAAUUAUUGGAGCCUGUGUUCUAAUUGGUUCUGUAAACAUAUUACUGACCUUCAUUCGAUGGUUGGCAAGAUACCUCAAGAGAGACACCACCCUGACCGUACUGCCAACUGAUGUCUUGAAACAUCUUCGACAAGUCGCCCAAGAGACCCAUCCCCUAGGUAGCGUUGUUCUGUCGUCGAAGCCGUCCUCCUUUGGCGUUUACCUUGGAGCCUUUUCCUCGCCGCCAACCGCAGCUCAAAGUCGGAUAUUCUCACAAUGGGAUAUAGUCAUCUUGGACCCAACACAGCAAGGGGUGCUGGACGCGAUCCGGCUAGAGCAAAAAUCCGACCAUGUCCAGCUGGUUGGCCGCUUGGACGUGCGGAUGGUCAUAAACAACACUGACCUCUUGCAAUCAGCCGUGAUGAUUAAAACAAUUGAUGACAUAGUCAGGAAGAUCGAGUCCAUGUUCGGCCGGAAGGGUAACAACUUCCAAGGGAUUCUUGUGGCAGGCUGGGAGGGCAUUGUUCCUACUCCAUUCUUGAACGCGCUGGGUGAACUUCUGGAAGGACUUGGCCUGAAGACGUAUCUGGAAAUUGCACCACCGAACUUUCUUGAAGGCCAGCGAGCCCCGAAGCUCGAGCACUUUUCCGGAGUCGUCGUCAGAAACGCCACGAUCUUGGAGGAUGGCGAGCGUCGAGAUUUCUUCGACAUGGACAAGAUGAAGACAACGACAAAGGCAUUUGUUGCCCAAGCUUGCCUACGGCCAUUCACAGUCAUGAUGUGGGAAACAGUCCGAAACGAUAUUGCGCUGUCGCAUGCUGUUGUGAAGCGAUCCUUCAUGUGGUGCGGCUACCAUGGUGCAUUGGUCUGGAUCGGUUCGGAAUCGGCUUUGACAAACGCUGUUGAAAAUGUGCCCAAAACGGAUCCAAUCGCAUCUUUCCAGUGGCUAAAGGAGAACCGAGUGAUGAAAAUCCACGAGACACUGCGGUCGACUCGCAACCUGGAUGCUGUGGACUUUCAGCUUGCGCCAGAGUACGAGAGCCUUAGCACCAUCUUCCCCAGCGUGGCCGACCUGCUCAGAGUGGCGCGCGAGUCCUCUAUUCAGAGCCCUCUAAACAGCUCCAGUGCGUCAACAUUGACAGUGCAAGGAGGUGAUGGAGACGCGAGCUGGGCCCUUUUCCCCUAUGCCGACGGUCGCACCGGGCACGAGUGGACAGAGCAUAUGCAGCGAAGCCCUAAUAACCCGCUGUCAUAUUCUCCGACAGGUGCAGCACACGACGGAGCGGGGUGUUUUCCCGUCGGAAUGGACGUUACUCGCGACGACUUCAUACAGAUUCUCGGAUCGCAGCAGCGUUUGCGGACUCUCGGACUGUUGAAUCGUGUUCCGUCGGAGCGGCUGAGAGAGAUGGGGUCGGGGCUGCGGCCACUUGCCAACAACACCAACAACAGAGGUCCGCAGAUGCCGCAAUUUCUCCGGCAAGCCAUCAACGACUUCAGCUCUCUCGGCGGGAAAUGUCAGGGCGAGCAGGACUUUGAGGACCCGAUUCAGGUCUAUCUGGGACUGGAUUCUGGCUUCAGAACGCCCUCUGGCGCUCAGUUCUGGUCUGUCUUUGAAAUCGACCAGCGCAGUGGUGCUCUCAUCAUCUAUGUCUCCAAAAAUGCUACAGACCUCACAGGCACCGUUCUACAUACAUAUCUGAGUCAUCGCUCGUUCCAACGCUAUCAGUGCUUUCUCGCUGAGUAUGCGCGCAGCCAGUUUGAUUCCGGGCUUCAUUUGCUUGACAAACUCCCGCCGCGCAUCGAGCAAGAUAUCGCACUCCUCUCUCCCACCGAUGUCCUUCUUUUCAUGCAGCAUUUACGCUUCUCGGAAUGGGACCACUCUUGUCCGCUGUUGAGCUCGUUGCAGCGAUCUUGUCGAGAAGUCCUCAUCGACAUUCCGUCGUACAAGCAACUCAAGCAUGUCUCCAAUUUUGAGUACAUCAACGGCACCAUCUCCGAUGAAGAGCUUGUCGAAGUCCGUAUGGAUUGGUAUCGUCAGCAUCACCGUGGUGUCUUUGACAAUGGAUACGCUCUACAGGUGUUCCGCGAUGUAGAGGCCGAGUGGCAACGCAUCCUUCACACUUGUGACCACGACAAGCUGGAGGUUGUUACCAAGAGCCUGGUGAGUCUUACCGCAGACGAUAUCCUGGACUAUUGCUCCGACUUUGUCCUCUUCUGUGUCUUCUGCGCCGCGAGGAAGGCCGCCUUUGAUGAAGUCUAUCUCGAAGUCUCAGACCGCAACCCUCUCUUCAACGAGUUCUCGGACCAGAGCGCAGCUUUCGCCGAGCUCUUCGCACUUGGUUCGCGCUGUGAGACCUACUUCGAUGUGGCCCCAAGUAUGUUUGGUCGACUCUUGUCGGAUCGCCAUCGACUUCACUACAACAAAGCCGAGAACCAGCCGCCAAUGUGGAUCGACAACGCUCCAGCAUUCGCUUCUGCUUAUGCUGCAGCACAAACUGAUAUUGAUCCGGAUCAAAAGGAUGCACUGAUGCCAGCGUACCGCAGAUUCACGUUUCUUAGUGUUUUCGCCAUUCCCGCACUGGUCGACAUCAUUCUGCUCACCUGCGUUGGAAGAGGACUGUACUUGAGUGCCUUUAUGACUCACGAAGAAUCGCAAUAUGCUACACUCGCUCUCAUGAUAUCUCUACUUCUUUCCGGUGUAAUUGGUACCUGGAUUUCUAUUGGUGGAACCUACUAUCUCAUCUCCAUGGCCUUCUCAGCUGCAAACAUGUUCGUGAUCACUCGUCUUGUGGGUGGUCUCGCCUUUACUUUUGCUGGUGGUAUCCUCGGAUUCGUCAUUCUUAGUGGUGUCAAGUCUCCACAGAUUGGUGCCGUUUUCUUCUUCUAUCUUGUGGGAUUCACAGCAUAUCUAUCAAUCCUGGCCGUGCUUUCGACAUACCAAUUUCCCGGAUCGUCAUUCCUCAAUGGGCGCUAUGUUAUUAUCUACCUGAUUCCGACCUUGCUUAUUGCUCCCAUCAUUACCAUGUGGAUUCCCGAUCAUGAUGUGAUCAUUUACCUGGUGGUCAUGUUUAUAUUUGUGUUUUUCCUCCUUCUCGGGACCAGAUGGGUUGGUUCACGCUGGGUCGAUUGGUGCAAUCACAUCAAAUGUGUGGACGAUGCUGCCGUCAAAGCUUGGUACAUCCGCGAGAAGCAGAAUGGCAAGGAAGACACGCUCGACGGUCUCAGCCAACCAGCCAUCCUUGCACUAUGUCGUGCCCAUCUCUACAACGCUGUGAUGAAGGAGAAGAACCGAAAGUUUUGGCAGAAGAGCGAAGCUGACAAGCUUGUGCGCGAACUUGCCGAAUGCUGGGAUUCAACAAUCUUCCUCUUGAACUGGUAUUGUCGUUUGUCUGAUGUGAAGCGCCCGAUCCCUUACAGCUCGACCUGGAACUUGGAAACACAAGUCGCCUACGACAGUUUGCAACAAAACCAGAAGGGAAUCAGACUGCACAACUCCUUCAUUCAUUGGAGAAACGCUGGUGAUGAAGUUGGUUGUGGCUUGCUAUAUUUCCUCGUGGCCUUGUUGGAUCGAUGGGUCACUCUUCUCAGUGGCCAGCCAAUCAAUGGCAUUCUCGGUGCGAGCUUUAACACUUCCUAUCGCGUCGCUGUAGGAUUCGGUCUAGCAUACUAUCUUGUUGGAGCUGUCCUCUUGGACUACAAAGCGCAGCAUCUCCACCAGGCCGCCGCUCAGAGCAGUCCCAUCUCGAUCCGCUCCACAAAGUACAUACACGAAGCUAUUGUCAACGAUGCGAAGUUCAAACAAAGAAUGUACUGGACCACCCUGUUCCGAUUCCUCGGUGUGCACGUCUGGUCUUUGGGCGUCACCGCUGCUCUCAUCUGGAUCUUCAACGGCACAGAGCUCGCACUCAAGAUGUUCUUGUCGUACGUGGCUGCUUACACUGGCCUGUUGCUUUACCAGUACAACAAGAUCUUCUCCGGCCCACAUGUCAUUCAUCCCCUUCUUUUCGCUGUGGGCAUUGGUCUCCCCCUAGGACUACUUCUCAAGCGUUUCAACGCCGGUGAUGUGUGGAACGACGUUAUUGCUCUUGGCAUUUGUACUUGGACAGCCGCCAUCCUGUCUAUUCACACUGCAAAGAUCGGACUACCAAGAUCUCUAAAGCCAAAACUUUCCCAAAAGCAACGGAAGUUCCACCACUAUGGUGGUGUCGGUGUCAACCACGAAUGGAGUCAGAGUGAGCUCGAGGCUUUCUACGAUGCCAUCAAGAACAGUGAAACAGCAGAGACUUUCAGCAUUCACUCGAGUGGCUAUCCUGGGACUGAGAUCAAGUCUAUUUUGCUGUCAUGUGACCAGAAUGCGCUGUCUCGUAUUGCUUUGGAUGCUUUCCCCACUGCGCCGUAUCUCGCACACCGCAUCGUGUCGGCGUGGGAAGCUGGUACAAUAUCCAUCGAACUUGUCUCUAUGCGUUCAGUGGUCAAGGCAGAGGCAGACAUCCGGGCUAUUAGUUGUUUCUCUGAGGGCACCCUCGAGCUACUAAUUGCGUCCGACUCGGAUGAUAUCAACAAUCCGCUAAACGUGAGCAGCAACUGUCGCGCUAUUGCAGAGACAUUGAUGCAUGCAUGUGCCGAAUCUGUAUUUGGGUUGACGCACGAUCAAGCCUUGAUCGCCGAAUCAAUUCUUACGUGCAGUACUCACGACAGCGGCAACUACCAAGUCUCUGAAGCAGUCAAGCGCGCCAUGCCGUUUGAAUUCUCGGAGUCGAAGAUGGAAGCGUUCGCGUUGGCUUCACGCAAGGAUCUCCUCAGGCAUCUGUCUUUGGGUGUAGACUGUGAAACCGCUUGGGAUGAGCUACCUCUCACCAUGAGGCUUGCAUUCCUGUCUCGUUGCUUAGGUGAAGCGACGGUGAUUACAGCUGAUCACAUGUACUGGAUCGAGCAUAACGUCUCUGCAGAAGAAGGAUGUUCGCUCUCGACUCGUAUUGCUCGAUACGACCUGGGUGCGCUAUUCUCAGUCCAACGCUACAACUACUUCCGCACUCAAGGCCCUAUGGCGAUGAAUGAGAAGGCGUACCAGCAACAGACUGCUGAUAUCCACUACUACCAGGACAAGAAACCGUCGCGAUCUGUAAAGUCCCUCCUGUUGGCAAUUGGAUCAGCCAUCAAGAGACCGUUCGCCCACUUGUACCAUAGUAUCGGUAUAUGGAUCAAGUUUUUUGUCCUUGCAACCAUUGCCGAUCCGGAAUACCAUCGAGAACUAAACUGCAUCCUGACCGGAAAGCCAAAACCAGUCCGCACUGUCGUCACAUUUCUCUUGACAUUGAUGUGGCGAUACUCGCAUUUCGUUCAAUCGAUUUCGAUCGCGUGGUUUGUGUUCCACCGCCGCAGAGAUCUCAAGCUUCUCUCGAAUAAUAUCAAGGGCACCAAGAUUUCCGUUAUGAAGAAUCGGUUAAAUAUACAAUAUCUUGACACCACUAGCACGGCGUUUAUUCAUCGUGCGGCGAAUGAGGGCUUUAAGCUGCAUUUUUACAAUGGCACAUUGAAGACGGAGCCCGAGACUGGCUCGACACGGAUCAGUACCUUUUCGAAAGACAUGCGUCUCUAUUCUCGAACAGAGUUUGUCAAAGGCGAGAUGGAAAAUGAGUACAUCUACGACUAUCCCUCAGACCGCAAAGCACGUCGUCUUACCAAAUUCGGCGCUCUGGCCAAUACCAAGAUACCAAUGUCCAGAACUUGCAUCCGAGGUAAGCAGGAAGGUGCUGUAGUCCAGUACAAUUACAAAGGUCACAUCGAGUCCGGUACAUACAUGCUCGACGGCAAUCUUGUCAGAUUCAAAUACCAUUACCGGAAAAACGCCAAGUACGAUGAUGAGUUGCUGCGAGCCGACUUUGUUCUUCCGCACAUGUCUUGUAGUGUCAGCUGGUGCGCUGCGCCGGUUCGUCAUCCCGAGAAGCUUGAGCGUUGGAUACCUCAUACAAGGGUUCACGAAGCAACUUUCGUGCAGGGUGCCGACGUGUUUGAAUGUAGCUGGCUUUACGACCACAAAUUCCACCCCACGGUCACUACCAAAUUGAACGGACACUUCAUCGAUACCCCUCCGAUGAUCAAACACGAUUGGCUCGGGGUGUUGAAGAAGCCCUCGAACUCAACCUUCAUUGACGACAAUCCUCUGUUUGACUUCAGCUCACUCAACUAUGGUGUUAUCAGCCGGGUGCUCAGACUCAAUGAGCGUCGUAUUCCGGUAUCUACGUCUAGAGCACGCUCGCAAUUGUGGAAGGCUUGGAAGAAGCGGCGAGAUAUCGAUGGAGUAGUCGUUCGCUGGAUGGAUGAACAACUACUUCGUGGCGAUUCCCUUCUGCGACCUUACUGGAAGGCACGAAACAUGUGCAACCUUGCCCGCGCUGAGGACUAUCUUGCACUCCAUGCUGAUGCAGUCAUGGCUAGCGCAGAACUCACGACCGAUAUCAGUGCCUGGACACCCCUUGCUAUCCGCUUGAGUGACCUCUUCAGCUUCGGACAAGGUGGUGAUGCUGUGAUCUAUACGCGAACAAAGCAUCUGCAGCCAGACAAUGACGAUACCCUGCACGUCAUCGCUGUCGAUACCGGUACUUGGCCCAACGAGGGUGGCGGUGUCUCUGCUUGCCGCAGAGAUUUGAUCAACAAUCUGAAGACCAUCCGCUGGCACAUGGUUGUCGAGUCUGCGAACGACUUUGGUCUACCGAAGCAUCAGACCGAAGAAAACGUAGAGUCUCUCAAGAUCAUUCCUCUCUGGGGUCUGGACUUUCUGCAUCCCCAGCAUGGCAUGUUCUCCAACAAACUAGACAGCGAGGUCGAUCAUCUUUUCAAGAGCGCUACCGCAGAUGAUAUCAAGCAAAACUUCAUACCCACUCUGACAGCUCUUGUAAGGGGUGCUAGAGCAAUCAACAUGACCCAGGCCGACCUCAAGCAAGCGACCCGUGCUCUUGUGAAUCUCAAUACCUAUUUCCAGGACUCGCGCCACUGGACUCAGGUCUGGACAAGCGACAUUGUCAAGGAAGCCUGGCGCAACCUGUGGCUCGCGGACGACAUGCCAAACGCCAAACCUCCAAAUGAGUGGUUCGAUACUGAGCUGCCAACUCUAGGUCAUCUUGAGACUGCCUUGGACCUGUGGUUCCGUUAUUUGUUCAUCUUCUCGAUCCCAAUUCCUGAGCAGAUACCUGCCGUCUUCCAGGCCUCUCACCACAGUGUGUCUGCGUCCUACGGCAUCGUAUGCAAGAUCAAGCGCAACUGUACAUUGCAGAUUUGGGAUCAUGCUAUCUCAUGGCGUGAGACAAACCUCUAUUUGUCCUCGGCGCUCUGUACCAUGCCACCUUUCAUCCGCAACUCGCUACUAGGUCUGAUGAAGCUUACGUCUACUCUCACUCUUCAUCACGCCGAUCAGAUUCUUCCAUGCGCAGAUUUCUUUAAUCCAGGGUGGGAAGUCGAGAUUGGAACGUCGAAUGGCACCAUCGCUCAUCGCAAUGUCUUCAAGCGCAAGGUUGACCCCAUCGUCAAUGGUAUUACCGAUAUGCAGAAGUUCGCGCCAGUCUCGGAGAUCAAGACGAAGAGGCCAACAGUCACUAUGUUGUCGCACGUCUGGUUUGCCAAGGAUAUCAAGACUGCUCUUCUCGCCGCAGACAUCAUUACCAAUGAAUGGGGGUUCAAGGACUAUGUGCUGGACAUUUACGGUGCUCUCAACAAAGCUCCAGUCUACUCUUCGGAGUGUCAAGAGAUUAUCGCUUGCAAAGCUCUCGGCACUCAGGUGACACUUCGCGGUACUGCUGAUCCCGGUAUGGUGCUGGAAAGCACAUGGCUGUUCCUGAACUCUUCCGUGUCUGAAGGUCUGCCUCUCGCGCUAGGUGAAGCUGCCCUGACUGGUGCGCCUGUGGUCUGUACCGAUGUGGGUGCUUCCCUUCGCGUCUUGACUGAUCCAGACGACAAUGAGCGUUACAGCGAGGUUGUAGCACCCAACGACGCCUACGCUCUCGCCCGAGCCCAAAUCAAUCUGCUCGCCAUGAUCGACCAAUGGGCAGCCUACGCUGAUGAUGACCCAGCCCAUCCAGCUCCAAUCCUGCCAAUCAAGCCAACACCUCAGGACGUAGAGAUCAUCACCCGCCGCAUGUACGAGAAGAGCGACCAUCGCCGCAAGCUCGGCAUGAUGGCGAGGCAGAUUGUGCAGAAGUCCUUCUCCGGCGACCGCUACCUGCGCGAGCACGAGCAGAUGCUCUGGAUCGGCAAGUCCAACUACGAGAUGCUGGGCAUGCCAGAGCGUAUGGUACCCGACGUUACCGACGGCGCAGACCUGGCCGAGAAGAUGCACUCGAAGCGCAACCGCUCCAGCGCUACGCUCGACAAGCAGAUGGCCAAGAUGGAACACCCCAAGCCCGCCUGGAUGAAGCACGGCUCCCGCGCCACCUCCUUCUCCUCCGUCUACUACGACGAAGGUCCCUCCUCCUCGCGCCAGAACUUCGGUCACCUCACCCCGGAGACUUGGGAUAGCGACAACGAGAGCAUCGCUGUCGCACGCCCGAUGCUCAAACGCACUCGCCAGUCGUCGCCUGAUGCCCGCGGCGGCCACUCACGCGGUCCGUCUGGCGCGCCGUCGUCGCGCAGCAUGUCCUUCGACGACUCGCACUCCCCGGGUCGUGUCACGCCGUUGGGCGCCCGGCUGAAUAUCCAGAACGGACGCCAAAGCGCGAUGAGCACGCGCAGUAGCCAAUACGUGCCGAGCAAGCUGCACACGGCGACGCAUGUGCGCGAUGUAUAAACGGUACAUCCACUCAUUUACGCACCUACAUACAUACACAUGAUACGCGCACGGACGCAUCACGAGCCCUCUCAUCCUUUAUC